GAAGCGACGCAUUCGGGAACCGAGCAAUGUUUUGCUUCCGCUUUGCUUCUCUGCGAGCUAGCCACCUUGCCCGUUUUUAAAAUGCUUAGGGUUUGUUAGUUACAUUCAUAUACAAUUCCACGCCAAUUGUGUGGCUAUUGUAAGACGUACUGAAUCCGUUCGUUGUGCAAAACCCUGCUACAACUAUCAAGUUAGAUAGUUCGCAAAAUUCUGGUAACCACAGUUCUUCCCCUUUCAGUGACACUAGCGAGCAAGUAUUCUUAAAUGUACUGUAACAUUCUAUUACAAGAGUCGUCCAGUUACAUGAUUAUACAUCUGUAGACCAAUUGUUCGAAAAUGGAUGUUCGUAUAUCACUAUCGGUCUCUUUGCUGAGAGACCAACUGGGAGCCGUAAUCGAGCAUGCGGUGACCAACGCGGUGGAAACGGUGCUGGAGGAGAUGUUUAAAGUUGUGGGCUGUAAAUUCGAGGAGUUCGGCAAGGAAAUGACGGCGAAAGAAAGGGAGAAUGAGAGCAUCAGAAAAAUGCUGGAAGUAUCACGGUGCCAGAUGAAAACCAUGCGAAAAUAUCUGAGUGCCGUUAACGCCAAGGACGAGCGACAAGUUCCAGUAAACCACAAGUUCGGCAAACAGAGCGAGCCGAACAGGACUGUGUGUCCACAUGGAGGAAAAAAGAGCAUUAAAGAGCAUUUAACUCACGUAAAAGAGGAGCACAGGGACCCCCCGGAGGGGUCUGGCGGGUGCCACGGUAGAGAGGAAACCUGCGAGACUGAGUUUUCCCAGGGAGGGUCCGCAGACAUCCUCGAUUUCGACAUCCCCUCCCUUCAAGAGCUAGACGGCAUUGCCACGGCAACCACCGGGGUGUUCCCACAGGUGAAAGAGGAGGAGCCAGAGAUGCAGCUGACCUGCAUAAAGGAGGAGCCCCUGGAGCUGGAGAUGCACACACUGAGCCCCCACCCCCCUGACCAUCUCAGCGACCCAUGCCGCGAGCGGGGGAGCGGCUGGGACAGGGCGGGGCCGGCGGCGGGUGCAGCCCUUACCGCCAUGAGCUCCUCCACAUGCUGGGCCGGCCGGCAGCACAGGACGGGGCUACAUCAGCAGAGGGCGGAGCUACACCAGCAGAGGGUGGAGCUACACCAGCAGAGGGCGGAGCUGCAGCAGCAGAGGGCGGAGCUGAAGCGGCGCGGCCAGCUGAUGGCGGCGCUGGAGCAGGAGCGCAGGGCGAAGACGCGCAUCCGCGUAGCGCGCUGGCGCGCCAAGCGCAAGACGCAGGCGGCGGGCCUCCCGGCGCCGCAGCCUGGGCGGCAAGCCGAGGGCGGCGUGCCGCGGCGGCGCCAGCAGUACUCCAGCCUGCUGUACGGCGGCCCCCGCCGCCGCAGCAACCGCGUCCUCUACCCUCCGCUGCGCGUAGGACAGGAGCUGGCGGACGCGCUCGCGGAGCCCGAAGCAGUGGCGGUGCAGCAGGGCAUUCUGGGAACAGACUCGGAGCUCUUCCUGUAGAGCUGGUUCGAGGGCUGAGAAUUUCAGGUUUUUACUGCUGUGAUAGUCCACCAGCGGCAGUUCAUUAAUGAGAGGGCUUGGAGGAAGGACUUGGACAGAGGGGAACAAGAGCUCAGCUCCUGGAAGAGUUCCUGCUUCCCGACUAUUUUCCACUCUACAGAAUUAACGGUCUAGAGCUGUGCCCGUCUGAUAAAUCAGCGAUGUCUACACUAAACCUGCUUAACAAAUUACCCCUUUAAAUCAACUCCCAUAAAAGGCACAAUCAAGCCCUUUUAAAUAAUGAAGAUACUUCCAAAGAAGGAAAAACAGGGCUUUUCCCAUCUACUGGCUUCACCUGCUGUUUCAAGACACAAACCGCUUCAACUUUUAAAUACAGUCUAAAUGCUCAUAGCGUUAUUAAAAGCAAGUGCACUUCAACGAGCAUUCAGUACUCAGGAAUGAGAAAUGGUUUAUUAAAAUUCUGCGGUUAUAGAAUAAACAAGUUCCUGUCAAAAGUCAAAAUGUUAUUUUGCGAAAAUAAUGACAAUGAAUUACUCAAUGGCAAGGGUGAAUUAACUUAAUGAACGGUUUAAAAAAAAAAAACUUAAAAAAUGUCAUGUCUACAGGUUUUUGCGAAGAAUAGUUCAGGCUGGAAAUUUUCAGUCUGAACUGAAUAACAGUUAUUCUGACUACGCAGGUAUUUUCCCUUUUAACUUUCGCACUGUGCUCUGGUUAUGAUCAUUUCAAUAAAACCAACGUCUGAACUGUCA